GGGAGGAUCCCGCGGGCCGGCGGUUGAAGCGAGAGGCAGAGGCGGCCUUAGCGGCGGCGUUAGCGGCGUAACUGCGCUUGCAGGUCAGGUGGGAAGGCUGAGCUGUGUGUUGGUACAUCCCGGUUUUUUCUGAUGCUCCUGGAGAGCAAAAAUACGACCGCAUAAGAGGCAGUGCUGUCAGCGAGCAAAGGCGCUUUGAUCCUUUGGUCCCAUCGGUCGUUUAAACGGCUGGAGUUUUAAAACGAUUUAUAUUCCUCAUUCGCACUUACAGACACCGUACGAGCCCUGCUGUAGCAUAGGUGUGAGGGUGUAGUAUUGGAAGACAGCUGAAUCUCAGUUCAAGCUGUCGGAAGUGAGGCAGCACCUAAAAGUGCUUUUUGCCAUGAUAUCCGAGUGAUACCCUGAUAAGCUAUUUCAGCGUAUUAAUAAACUGCAAAAGUGCCAACUGUAGUAUCACAGUAAGAAGCAGCAGAAGAAUGAAGUGUGGACAAAACAUGCGGGUAUUUUUAGUCAAAUGUACUUCUUAGAGGUUAUUUUGGUGUUCUGUCUGCUAUCCGUAACACUGAACCAAUUACACUUUCCAUUUCUGUUGCAGAUUCACUGCUGAGAAGGAGUUAAAUUACGAAUUUAAAAACCAACAGUUGUACUCUGCCACGAGGUUUUCUGAUUUCUACAGUGCCCUCUAAAUAGCCAAAGCAACCAAUUAGACUUUGCAGUGCCUCUGAGCUCUGUCUAGUGGUAAACUGCAUUGAGUUAUCCUUUAUAAUACCAACAAUUUAUUAUUAUUACGCUACAGAGAUAAGCCAUUGCAUUGUUUUAUUUUAAUAAUCUUUUAUUAUGCUCUAACUGCAAAAUGAGAUGCUGGGUAAUGUUAUGUAGAGCAGGAUUGCUUUUAUUAAGUGACAUCUGUGACUACUUCCGUCAGCCAUCAGGGCUCUAGUGAGGCUGUGCUACAUGCAAAAGGGUUUUUCUUGAUGGGCAUUUGUGGUGUGAUUUAGUCUGACAGGCAAUUAGGCACUACACGGUUUGCUCCUUGUAGUGAGAUGGAGGGGAGAAUAGGAAGCUGGUUGAACUUGUGGGUUUGAGAUAAAGAAAGUUGAGUAGAACAGAAAAAUGGACGAAAAAAGAGUCAGUACAUACACACAAAGCAAAACUGCAGAUAUCUCUUUGGUCCCAUCUAACAGAGGUUAGGAACUCUACAUCAUGUGUGGAAAGAGCUAAGAAUAAUUUUCUUUGUAUUAUUUUGAAGAAUGGAACAAAAUUCAGAUGAAGAUAAACUUUCAAGACCAUCCUAUGUAGAUUGUAUGGAGCUUCCUGAAAGAACAGAAGCAGUAAACGUGGAAGACAUCAAAACAGAUCUCUCUGAUGAGUUUCGUUCAGCUUCAUCAAGCUCAGACACGAGCGGGUCUAGUUUGGAGCCUAGGGGACACAUACAAGUUUGCCUGCGUAUUAAACCCUUUACGGCACGGGAGAGAGCAAAUGGAUCGCAGGGAUGUGUUUCACUUGAGGACUCAACAAGCAUUAUACUGAAGUCCCCUAAGAGCUCAUUGGGAAGAAUGAGCGAUAAAACUUUAGGACAGACAACACAGAAGUUCACCUUUUCACGGGUGUUUGGACCUGAAGCAACUCAAGAAGAAUUCUUUGAAGGUACUGUGAAGCAACCAGUGAAAGAGUUCUUAGAAGGAUGUAAUUGCCUUGUUUUUACGUAUGGCGUUACAAAUGCUGGGAAAACUUACACAUUCCAAGGGACAGAAGAUGAUGUUGGUAUUUUGCCAAGGACGAUGGAUAUGUUGUUUAAAACUGUUGGAGGAAGGCUAUACACAAAAAUGGAUCUGAAACCUAUUCGGUGGAGAGAUUACGUAAAACUGACUAAUGACAAAGUGAGAGAAGAAAUUGCUCUUAAAAAUUCGUUGCUUCGUCUGACAAAAGAGGUAGACCAUCACAACAGCACUAAUGACAAUCCCCAGCUGAUUCUAAGUUUUACUGUCUCUACAUUGACUUGUAAUAUUUUCUACUUUGCAGGUGCAGAAAAUCUCUCAGAAGGAUCAGACCAACUUAGCAGAUUAUCUAUAGAUGAUUUUGUGAAGUUCUGGGUUUCAUUUUUUGAGAUUUACAAUGAAUGUUUUUAUGAUUUACUGGCUCCUUUAUCAAAUGACAGAAAAAAAAGGACACUUCGCCUUGCUCAAGACAUCAAGGGAUAUUCUUACGUAAAAGGUUUGCAGUGGGUUCAGAUUUCUGAUUCUAAAGAAGCUUUCAGACUUUUUACUGGACAGAAACACCAGAGUUUUGCAAGCACAAAGCUAAAUACUUGCUCCAGCUGAAGCCACAGUAUAUUUACAAUUAAGGUACUAAGAAUUGAAGACCUUGAAAUGCCACGAGUGACACGAGUCAAUGAAUUAUCACUGUGUGAUCUUGCUGGUUCAGAAAGGAAUACCAAGACGUGCAAUGAAGGUGACAGACUGAAAGAGAGUGGAAAUAUCAAUGCAUCUCUCCUAACUCUAAGCAAGUGUAUUAGUGCACUCAAGAUCAGUCAGCAGUCAAAGGAAAGAGGGACUACUAGGGGCAGUUUUAACUACAUUAGUGCAAGAAAUCCGGCAGAAGAGAACACUAAUAAAGGAACUGAAAGCAGCCAAUUUUCAGUGCUUUCAGUUAAAGCACUGAAACAAGAGAAAACUGAGUUGGAAGUGGGAAGAAAGCGCAGUACUGAUGAAGAUAAGCCUACUGUGGAAGAGCCACCUCCAAAGAAAGGUACACACGAGCAAAAAGAAAAGAAAACUCAGGACUUUGAAGAAAAGACUGCAGAAGAUCAGAGAGUGAUUGCACAAUUUCAGGAGGAAGUUGCCAACUGUGAGGUAAAAAUAAGAGAGCUUGAAUAUCGCCUGGAGGCUUCCAAGACAAUGGAAGACAAUGUGUCAAAACUCAAUGAAUUACUUAAAGAAAAAAAUUGGGUAAUCUAUGUAUGUGUUAUAUUGAGUAUGAAGUCUGCAAAUGCAGACAAAAAGGUUGAAGAGUUAAGUAGCAAAGAAGCAAAUCUGAUUCAAGAAGUUAUGCAGCUGAAAAACAGCUUGGAGCAGAUGAAACAUUCUCUUCGGGAAAAGGAAAAGAGUGAAAUGGAGAAAGUGCAACGUAUAGAAUCGUGCCGGCUGACAACGCUCGCCAUUUUGGUAUCCGUUCGGGUGUCCACCGAUAGCGUUCUGAUUAGGAAUCCGCUGCAGAACGAAAGAUGGAUUAGUAAAUUGCAAAGGAUUAAUAACCAGUUUAAGGAUGAGCUGGAUUAUAAAGACUAUACUAUCCAACAACUUAAACAGGAGCUGGAGGAAAAGGACCAUAAUCUUCAAAAGUGGCGUGAGGAGAGAGAUCAGUUAGUAGAAGCUUUGGAAGAACAGCUCAAAACUUUGGCUUCUAAUGCCAUACAAAAAGAGACAGAAAUAGCAGAACUGAGACAAUCUGCCUUAAAGGAUUCAAGCAAGGAUAAUGCAACUGUGAUAGAAGAGUUAAGAAAAGAACUGGCUGACAAAGAUGACUUUAUAAAGGAAUUAAAACAACGCAUUAACCACAGUAGCCCUCAGUGUUUAGCUCUAUAGACACAGGAAAAACCUUUACUUGAGAGAAAGGACACAAGUCUAAUGCAUAGCCUAAUCUUUACUCCUUUUAAAUAUUUACAGCCUAGGAAACAACAAAGCAAAACUAAAACUGGAGAAAGUAUUCCAUUAAGAUGCAAAGCUGAAGACAAUUAUUUGUCACGUCGAUGUACUAGGAGCCUCACUUCAUUAAAUGAAUCUGAGGUUAGUAUGAAACUUCAGAUCUGAAAAUGUUGUGAUUGUAUUGCUUUUGAUAAGGAAUGAGUAGGAAAAGAUCUCAUGUUCUCUAAACAAUUCCCAAGUUUUAAUUUAUUUAUCCCUUUCAAGGUGAUCAGAUCACCUGUUUUUAUAGCCUUUGAUAGGAAUAAAAGCUGUUGAAACAAUUGUGUGAUGAAUUUUUGUCAGGUGCUGUUGAAAACUCU